CAGGAUUGGGUUCAGCCUGUAAGAGCUGUGCUCAGACAUGAGGACGUCCACUCUGUGUGGCAGGACAGUCACUCAGAGGGGUCAGAAAGACGAGCUGGUCUCCAGUCUUCGGAAGACUUUCCCAGGUGAAGUAUGAAGGUGUGAUGCAGAAGUGUGUCAGUAGGGGGAGCUGGAGGGCAGGAAAGAGCCAGUAUGAUUUCAGGACUGCUGACCAUCCUGUUCCUCAUUGAUCAUGUUAGCGCUGGACCUGGAACCACCCCAAACCUAAAACACAUUGUGAUUGGACGGUGUUAUGACUACAUUACCCUGGUGAAGCCCAGCUCCAGGUAUAACUGUGAAGACAUAUGGCGUGAGUUCGAGGAGGCGGUGGUCCGGAGGAGCCCAUGCAGUGUGAGGGUGAAGGAUUACCAGAGAAUGUUCCGGGCGACGUCUCAGACUCUUCCCUGUGACAAAUUGCUGUUCUGGAGUAAGACCCGGGAGCUGAUGCACAGCUACGCAGCCGUCACAGGAAGAUUCUGGACCUUAGAGGACACACUGGUGGGAUUCAUGUUCAACGAUCUGGUCUGGUGUGGGCAGCAGGAGAGGGACAGAGGCUUUGAUUUUCAGUCCUGUCCUGACUGGUCAGCAUGUGUGACUCACCCUGUUUAUUCACUGUGGAACCGAGCAUCACUAAAUUUUGCUGCAGCAGCCUGUGGGAACAUUACAGUGCUCUUGAAUGGAUCGAUUGGGAAUGCAUUCAACAGGAAAAGCAUGUUUGGAAGUGUGGAGCUGGACAAUCUGAACCCCAGGAUGGUGAAUCAUGUCCAUAUUAAAGUCAUUCCAAACCUUGAAGGCCCCUUCGUGGAAUCCUGCUCAAAGGGUUCUAUUUUGGAACUCAUUAGUGUUCUAGAGUCCCGAGGGUUCCGCUGGUCGUGUACAGACAGAGAUGUAACCCUGAUGAUUCUUCAGUGUAUGAAAAACCCAAAACAGUCAAGCUGCCAAUCAUGUUCCAGCAGCCUCUUACACAGGAAGAGCCUCCAUCUGUAGAGAACCUUGGAGAACCUCAGAGAACCUCUUGGGCCAUUUACAAACCUUUUAAAGGACAGUUUUUAAAGAGCUAGUUUUGUAAAUAAGAUGUGUGUUUACUGUAGAAAUGUGGAGCCAUGUGCAGAAGUUUGGGCGCCCCAG